GGAUGCUAUACAAAUAUUGCACUAGUAAAAUAUAACCCCAACAACAAUCACGUUAUUUUUUUAGUUUCUCGAUAGGGCCUCAAUAAGGUCUAGGCUAGUCUUGAACUUGAAACCCUUUUGCGUGAGAUGACAGGCUUUAGCUGCCAGGCGCUUGGACAUUUUUUUCAGUAUUACACCCGAGACUUUAAAUGAAUGGGAUGGACCCUGGUACUCAGAUACAGCUGUCCUUGAAGGUGACAGGAUCCAGGGUCUUGAGGAAAUGGGUGGAGUUUUCUAUCUCAAAGCCCCGCGGCAUGGUGUGGGGGUGGUGUUGGAAGGUUUAGGCUCUGCUGGGGAAGAAGGAGUUAAAUGCCUCCGCACCUCAGCAGGGCAUCAGAUUUCUCGGGUCCAGGUUCUUCCAGGAAGGGGUGGAGCUAGGCUGGCCCCUGGGCCUCUCAGUAGCCUCAGUCCUGGGUAAGUCCUGCUAAGAAAGCAUGGAACACUGUCUAAGAAAGAGGCUGUUACUGGACAUCCUCACCUGACUAUCCCCAAGUGCACAGCCAUGGCCCAGUUUCCGCCUCUAGGCCAUGGAUUCCCUCCAGAGCCUGUGAAUCACCCCCUGGGAGGUCCUAGGGGGCUGGACGUUGCCGGACCUACCAUCUGCCCUGCACCUGAGGAGGAGCCGAGCAGGCCAGAGCAGGUCCAGGCCUCCUUGGACGCGCCUGAGCAAUUCGUGGAUGAACCGGAGAGCGCCGAGUCUGCCACCAGCCCCUCAAAACUACCCCUGGCCUCUUCCCAUGAGCAUCAAGAUGGGGGCAAGCCCUGUGAGCACUCCGUCUCUGGUCUGGAAGUACUAGAAGCUGAACAGGACAGCCUACAUCUUUGUCUGUUGGGGUUGAAGUUCCGGCUGCAGGACCUGGAACAAGGCCUUGCAUCUUGGACGCUGGCCCACAACAGGAUUGUCCAGCUGCAGGCCCUGCAGGCAGAGCUCCAAGGGGCAGCCGAACGUGUGGAUGCAUUGCUUGUAUUUGGUGAGGGCCUGGCAGAGAGGAGUGAGCCCAGGGCCUGGACAUCCCUGGAGCAGGUCCUGAGGGCCCUUGGAACCCAUCGAGACACCAUCUUCCAACGGCUCUGGCAGCUGCAGGCCCAGUUGAUCAGCUAUAGCCUGGUGCUUGAGAAGGCCAACCUCCUGGACCAGGACUUGGAAGUUGAGGGAGACUCAGACGGGCCAGCAGCUGGUGGAGUCUGGGGGCCCUGGGCACCCAGUAUCUUCCCCACUCCUGCAGAGUUGGAGUGGGACCCAGCAGGGGAUGUUGGGGGUCUUGGACCCUCAGGGCAAAAGAUAUCUCGGAUACCAGGAGCUCCCUGUGAGCUGUGUGGCUACAGGGGAUCCCAGAGCAGUGGACAGGGCUUUGAGGACCUGCUCUCACUGGGGCUUGGCCACCGGAAACAUUUGGCGGCUCACCAUCGAAGGCGUCUCCAGAAGCCUCAGGACAAGAAGAGGCAAGGAUCUCCUAGUCUGCCCGAUGCGAUGCUGGAAGUGGAUCGUGGGGUCCCAGCUCCUGCUUCCAGGCGGCCCCUGACCCUCCUCCUUCUCCUUCUCUUCCUCCUUCUGGUGGGUGCCACAUUGUUGCUGCCCUUGUCGGGGGUCCCCUGCUGUUCUCAUACCCGGCUGGCCAGGACGCCCUACCUGGUGCUCAGCUAUGUCAAUGGUCUCCCUCCGAUCUGAGUCCACCAGCCCAGACGUGUGCAUUAAAUGUUCACUUUCAAGA